CUGGUUGGCUGGCUCGCUGGCUGGCAGGCAAGCAGGCAGGCAGGCAGGCAGGCAGGCAGGCAGGCAGGCAGGCUAGCAAACAGGGCAGGCAAGCUAGAGGCUUUCUUGUUCCGAGGACGGUGCUCUUGGUCGCGCCGUCUCUCUUUUCUACCUCCAUUGCGCUUCCUCACCCCCGACCCUUUGCCUCUUCUCGUCCUCGAUCAACUCAAUCGUGCUCUCGUUCUCUCCCUCCCUCUCUCUUCGGGCUUCUCUCUUUCUCUCUCUCUCUCUCUCUCGCACUCAUGCCGCACGUACCGUUGAGAGCCUCUCCCUUCCCCUGCCGUACUCUUUCUCUGCCUCUCUAUCCCCUCUCCUCUCCUUACCUCGAACGGAUCGGGCGAGUCCACUAGGCUUGCGAGGGGAGUUCGGCAGACCUCGUCUCUAGUCGGCCUCGAUCCGUAGAGUGCGUCAGACGCCGUGAGUCGACCGCUCCGGUACACGGAUAUUCGCGAACCGUAGCAUACGUGGGUACGUCGUGGGGCCCGCGAAUGUCAUUGCGCGUUACCUGCGCAUAACCGUGGCCCGCGGCAACUCGUAUUGCGGCCAGUUUACACGUUCAGCCUGGGACGCACUCGACCAGCGUAUAUCCGUACGACGGCCAUGUUUGGUGUUUACGACGUGAGGGGGAGUCGCUGACGUCACGUACGAGCGAGCGAUCCGAUCUUACCCGAACGGCACAGCGACUACGGACGACGGGUGGCAGCAGCGACAGGCAAACGACGACAACGACGACGACGAGGAGGAAAAACGUGCGUCGCUCCACGCCGGAUACCGCACGUGAUACGCAACCACAAACCGACCGAGGAUUAUCCAGAACGUCAGGAUUAAAGACCGCUCCGUCAUCGUGUCGAGUCAUGGAGUUGGGUGACAGGGUUUACGCCGCGGAGCGGAUCACGAAAAAGAGGGAAAAGCGGGGCAAGAUCGAGUACUUUGUCAAAUGGAAAGGAUGGAGCAAAAAAUACAACACGUGGGAGCCGGAAGAAAAUAUUUUGGACAUCAGAUUAAUCGAAUUGUAUGAGGAAAGCCAAAAAGGUGCAGAUGUAGUACCCACCAGAAGGCCAAGGCGAAGGGAUACUAGAUACAGCGAACAACUGUCUAAUCUUGUUGUUGAUGAGGAACCUGGCGGAGAUGAAAGAGUAGGCGAAGACAGUCAAGAUGAAUCGACGACGGGCAGCACUUCAGCAUCUCGUUUAAAUCCAGUAGCUCCUGAUGAGGAUACCCUCCCAAGUUCCUUAGAUAGCCAUGAAUCGCCAGAAUUAGCAUCAACGUUCAGCGUCGAUUCUGACAGUUCAGUCAGUAGUAUGGAUAUACCUCUAUUGCCUAGAAAAGAACGUAUGAAAAGGAAGGCGGAAGUUCUUAGUCGAUCUGGCAAGAUUGGCGUAACAAUUACCACGAGUAGUCCUAGCAGUGGCAGUGGUAGCCCCCCUCCGAGCAAAGUUCCUCGGUUAUUGCCUUUGAAAAACAACCCCACAAAUCCAUCUUAUAGUCACAAAGCCAACGGACAAAAUCAAAGAAGGCCGUCAUCCUCCAGCGUGAAAUCGACACCGGAAGAACCUUUGCCGGCAGUGCCAACGACACCGGCACCAGCAGUACAGGACAAAAAACGUCCCGAAGCUGAUGUACCUCAUGGUCCGCCACCCUCUCUCCCGCGUGCACCACCGGCACCGCUGUCUCCUCAGAUAGAUACACCUUUAGAGCAAGUUACAACAAAGAAGAAGCAAUUAUCGGAACAAAAGCUGGACAAAUCGAAUGGUGCAGUUGCUGCUGACAAAGCGAACGGUCACAAAUCACCAAGCCCCACAGACUCUUACACUAAUAACAACAGGUUACACACUGUCGUGAAUGGACACCAUAGCCCUAAUAAUAACAAUAAUAAUAAUAAUAAUAAUAAUAAUAACAAUAAUAACAAUAAUAACAAUAACAACAACAAUAAUAAUUCAAGCGUCAAACAAACCGAGAUUUCAAGGUCAGAAAUUUAUGUUCCACUCACAAAUCCUGGCACGGAUUAUUGGCACGCGAGAAACCCCGUGGCAGAUCAAGUAUUUAUUACAGACGUUACUGUUAAUCUGAAGACCGUUACCAUCAGGGAAUGCAAGACUGAAAAAGGUUUCUUUCGAGAAAGAGAUCCCAAAGAAACUCUUUGAGCUUCAAGAAUCUAACAUCUUUGAUGGUCCUGCAACGGAAGUAUCCGCUCUAAGUUGUAUUGAAUCACAAUAUGUAAAUAUAAAUUAUUUUCAUUCGUUAGAUGUUGUCAGGAUACCAAGCAAAUUAAAUUUUGUCUUGUGAUAUAUCAAGACAUCAUGUUAAGUAUCGCAAUGAAAAUCGCGAAAGUAUCACGUAAAGAUCUUGGAGCACCAAUUGAAAUCCCAAGAAUAUCAAACAGAUGCUGAAAGAUCAAUCAGACCUAAUUACAGGAGGAUCUGCGAUUUUUUUUAACAGAAAAUUGAUCGUUGUGUCCAGACAGAUCAUUGUGUACGAUUUUAUGUAAAUUGAUUAUAAAGAUUAGACAAUGCCGGUAUGAU